CCGUUCUUUCUCAACCUAACCUAACCUUUCUUUCCCUUCCUUCCCUUCCCUUCCGUUCUUUCUCAACCUAACCUAACCUUUCUUUCCCUUCCUUCCCUUCCCUUCCCUUCCCUUCCGUUCUUUCUCAACCUAACCUAACCUUUCUUUCCCUUCCUUCCUUCCUUCUUUCCUUCCUGCUUUUCUCUUUCUUUAUCCCAUUUCUCUUCGCCUCUCAUUCCCUUCAUUUCCCUUUUCCUUUCUUCCCUUCCACUCUUUCCCAUCUUCAUCAAACCUUUCCUCUUUCCUUCUUUCUUUCCUCACUUUUUUCCCUCCUUCAUCUAUCUCUUUUUACCCCCUCGCAUUUCUUUCUCUUCCUUCCUUCCUUUCCCUCUUUCCUUCCUUUCCUAUUCCAACCUUCCUUCUUUCCUUCCUUCCUUCCUUCCUUCCUUCCUGCAAUAUACUUCUUAACUCUAUCCCCUUUCUCUCCUCCCCUCUCCCCUUUCUCUCCCUUCCUUCCUUCCCUUCCGCCUUCAUUCCUUUCCCAAGCUACGUUCCCUCUAUCGCCAUGACGUUCUCAAGGAGUAAGCUCAAGAGGAAGGAUACUCUUGACCACCCGGAUGAAGAGGGCGAGGAAGAGGACGAAGAGGAGCGGAGGAGAAGGGAAGAGGAAGAGGAAAAGACCAAGGAACCGCAAAUCGAGAUCAGGCUGUCAACCACCACCGCCCAGCCAGCCUCUGAGGUGAUCUACGACUUCGCGAGCGGCCACUACCAAUCCGUGCAGCCCGGCGACCCCCUCAUUCACCUGUUCACCUCCCCCUGCCGAAUCAUGCCGCGGGAGGAGUACGAGCUGAAACAGAUGCAGAAGGCGCAGAUGGAGGUGGACGGGGAGGAGGAGCGGAACGAGGAGGAGGUGCAGGAAGAAAUCAUGAGAAGAAAGAAGGAGGAAGAGGAAAAACAAAAAAAACAAUACAUGGAACUCCAGCGGGAAUUCAAAGGCAAGAAGAAAGGAGGGAAGAAGAAGAAGAAGCCGCAGAAGGAGAAGGAGGAGGAAGAGGAGGAGGAGGAGGAGGAAGACGACCAGUACGACAUAGCGAAGGACAUUGAGGAGCUGUAUGGGAACGUGAUGUCCCCGGAACAGCUUGCCAAGUUGGAUUCCCAGCCCAACCCCUUCAACUUCAGCGAUCGGGUCUCUCAGUCCUUUCGUCCGCCUAUGAAGGAGUUAGCCCAGCAGACGGACCAACCCCCAAGUACCACGUUUGGGGCUAAUGCGGGGCUUGCCAUUCUCUGCGACGCCUACGACGGGGACUACGAGAUGAAGGAGGAGGCAUUGAGGAGGAAGAAGGAGCGGGAGGAAAAGGAGAAGGCGGAGAAGGAAGGUGACAAGGACCCCAACGCGCCCCCCGACCCCAUGGUGCUGCUGCCGCCCCCCCCACCGCCGGACCAGGGGGGGUUGGCGCACCUGGACAAGGCCGCGCGGAUUGUGGAACGAAUCGUGCAGCAGAACGUGUACGAUGAAGGGUUUCAUGACUACAAAUACUGGGAAGACCAAAGCGACGACUACCGCCAGCUGGAGGGGUCGUUACUACCCCUGUGGAGACUCACCGCCCCCCUCUCGCGCCGCCUCUUCGUGUGCGACGUGACCUGGAGCCCCGCCCAUCCCGACCUGCUGGCGGUGGCGUACUCGGCAGGUGAGUCAGGGGAGCCUCCUGAACCCGGAUACCUGUGUCUCUUCAGUCUCAAGAACCCCUGCGUGCCUGAGCGAUGCCUCCCCUGCCCCUGUGGCGUCACCUGUGUCCGCUUCCACCCUGAGAAGGAGAGCGUGCUGGUCGCCGGGCAGGAGGACGGCGCUGUGCUGGUCUACGACGCGCGCCACGCCACCACGGAGCCGCCCCAUCUUGCUGUUUCCACUUCACGCAUCUAA